AUGGCCAUGAUGCUUCCGAUCUGGAUGGUCACCCUGGUCCUGCUGGGCACCGUCAUAGGAAAAGAAGUUUGCUUCGAAAGACUUGGCUGCUUUUCAGAUGAGAUUCCAUGGGCUGGAACCAUAGAAAGGCCACUGAAAGUUUUACCCUGGUCCCCGGAAAAGAUCAACACCCGCUUCCUGCUGUACACUAAUGAAAACCCAGACAACUUUCAGGAGCUCUAUACAACAGAUCCAUCAACUAUUCAGGACUCCAAUUUCAAAAUCCAGAGGAAAACUCGCUUCAUCAUUCAUGGGUUUAUUGACCAAGGAGAAGAGAAUUGGUUGUCCAACAUGUGCAAGAGGAUGACUACAGUGGAACAGGUGAACUGCAUCUGUGUGGAUUGGAAGAGUGGCUCUCGGACCGGAUACACCCAGGCAUCGAACAACAUCCGGGUCGUGGGUGCUGAAGUUGCUUAUCUUAUUGACAUUCUCUCUUCCAAAUUUGGAUACUCUCUUUCGGACAUCCACGUCAUUGGCCACAGCCUGGGAGCUCACGCUGCCGGAGAGGCCGGAUCGAGAGUAAAUGGCACCGUCGGAAGGAUCACGGGCCUGGACCCAGCUGAGCCUUGCUUCGAAGGAACUUCGGUAGAUGUCCGACUGGAUCCCAGUGAUGCUGAUUUCGUUGAUGUAAUUCACACCGACUCUGCUCCUACUAUCCCUUAUAUGGGAUUUGGAACGAGCCAGUUGGUCGGACACCUGGACUUUUUUCCCAAUGGAGGAAAGCAAAUGCCGGGAUGUAAGAAGAACCCCAUUUCACAGAUCAUAGACAUAGAGGGAAUCUGGGAAGGAACUCGUGAUUUUGUAGCUUGUAAUCACUUGAGGAGUUAUAAAUUUUACUCCGACAGCAUCAUCAAUCCAAAUGGCUUCACUGGAUUCCCAUGUGAUUCCUACAAUGUUUUUCAAGCUAACAAGUGUUUCCCCUGCCCUUCCGGAGGCUGCCCCCAGAUGGGUCACUACGCCGAUAACUUCACUCGUAAAGCAAACGAAGUGGGAAAACCCUUUUAUUUGAACACUGCAGACGCUAGUAAUUUUUCUCGUUGGAGAUAUAAGGUGUCUGUCACACUGUCUGGAUCCAGAGUUAGUGGAGAGGUCAAAAUUACUUUGUUCGGCAGCAACGGAAACACCAGGCAAUAUGAUAUCUACAAGGGAUCCCUCAAACCAGGUGCCACUCAUUCCAAUGAAUUCGAUGCAGAGCUCGAUGUUGGAGAUCUUCAGAAAGUUAAAUUUAUCUGGGACAACCACUGGAUUAAUCCGACCUUGCCCAGAGUGGGGGCUGCCACGAUCGUAGUGCAGACUGCCGAUGGAAAAAAGUAUAAUUUCUGUAGCAAAGAAACUGUGAGAGAAAAUGUUCUGCUGACACUCACCCCCUGUUAAAAAUGUGUCAAAAUAUCAUCGCUUUUAGU